AUGUCUUCGUCGACGCUGGCUCGAAUUAAUCCUGGUCUGCAGCGGCUGGCCAGCUUCAUGGCGCAAGCGAAAGCAUACGAGGAAUCCUCAGCGCAUGGCCCCUUGUCGGUGUCGCUGGAUACCUUCAUACCCACUUCGACAACGCGACCGACAUCAGCAGCCGACAAUUCGGGUGUUCAUAAUCCGCGAUUGGAGGAAGAUGCCCUCAUCCUGGAUAACGGAGUUCCCCACUUUGUUUCUGGCAAACACUGGGCCUGGAUGGCAGCAGAGCUCCAUGACAUUCAAUCAAUUAUCUCGGAAUCUCAAAGAUGCUCCUCCCCAACUGGGACACUUGACGAGGUUGUAUGGGAUACCGAUUCUCCUCUAGAAACGUCACCUAGCACCAACAGCUUCUGGCCGGAUACUCGGGAAGAUUGCUAUUUGCUGCUGAACAUGUUCCUCGCCAAUGUCGACCCAAUAGUUCGUAUUAUCCACCGACCGAGUUUGUCCCGUCGCUUCGACGCCUUCGUGCACUUUCAAUAUGCCGACGGUCGAGAGGAUACCCCGACCGGAGGGGGAAGCCGCAACAGCGGUACGAUUCCCAGUCCAGCCAAGAAAGAUGCCUUUGAACCACUAGCCAUGUCUAUAUUUUACGGGGCUGUCAACAGUAUGAAGGAUGCAGAUGUACUCAAUAUGUUCGGCAUGAGUAAAGCCUCUCUCCUCAAAAGAUAUCGAACGGGAACGGAGGUGCUUCUCAAGCGGCAGAAAUUCAUGACAUCAAGGAUCUUUGAGGUUCUGCAAGCAUUUGUGAUAUUACUAACUGCAAAAUAUAGAGAAGAUGACAUGGGCAAAGUGUGGCCUUUAACAGGCCUGGCCAUUCGGAUAGCAAUGCUCCAGGGACUCCACCGGGACCCCCUAGCCCUACCACUGGGGACGAUCGACACCGUGCAGGUGGAGCUGCGCCGUCGCCUAUGGGCGCAGAUCUGCUAUCUGGAUUUCCGGACUGCGGAAGAUCACGGCUUCGCGCCGUCGAUUCACGCAUCAGAUUUCGACACGCGUCGACCUAUCAGUCUGGACGAUGUAGAUCUGGUCGAAGGCACUGCCCCCUUAUCUGGGCUCUCUGAUGCCCCCAAAUUCACUGAUAUGACCAUCUACCUCCUGCGCAUCACAGCUGCCGGUUACUACGGGCGCGUAAUUCAAAUAACGCAUGCGUCGCGUAAGCGGCUGCGGAACGGCCUGCAUGGUCUGACUGUUGACAAGCCUCAAACCUUGGUGGAGCUGCAAGAACUGUUGCAGACCGCCACGGGGAUUGCAAGCGAGCUAGAGAGGGGUCUCGACGAGCUUGUUCGGUACUGCGAUAAGAGGGUGACUAUGCAAUCGAUGGCCUUAGAUCUCAGCCGGCAUCUCAAGACCAAAUUCUGGGUCAUGUUCUGGAUGCAAAUAUCCCGACAGGAUCGGGAGAAGAUUAUCACUCCCGCCAUGAGACGAAACAUAUUUGUCGACGCUGCCACCGCCGUAGAAACUUGGUGCGCCAUUUCGUCAAGCCCGGCCUACGAACCCUAUCGAUGGCACAUAACUUCGCACGCGGGCUUCAACCUCAUCCUCUAUGUCCUCUCCGAGCUCCAGAGUUCCGUUUUCCAGGAGCCUGAAUGGGUAGAUCUCCGCCAUCGUGGACUUCAACUCGCCAACACCAUCUACGAUCUCCGUGGUCAGCAUACUACGGGCGCCUGGCCCGCAAUCAUUUGGUUGGUUAAUCGUAUUCGGUUCCAGCAAGGUCUGGCUGGGAGUCCUGCCCCUGGGAUGGCUGCCAACACUGUUACCGGGCUCGGUAGUCCGUCGAAUAGCCAGCCCAUCAGCAUGAGAGCGGCUGGUUAUGCUGGUCCUGCUGGUGCUGCGGGGGUUGAAAGUGCUACCCCGAUGAGCCCGCCCGGAAUGGACUUUGAUGCAGGAGAUCUUAUGGGGCUGAUCAACUUGGAGGAAUUUGAUCUUUCAGAUUUUCUGACGAUGGAUGGGAUAGGACUUCCGGGGCUUCCGCGGUAA